AUGGCUGGAUGCGCUAUUACACAAAGUAGCGCCAUCCCAGUCUGGAGAAAAAGAAUCGAGGACCGUAUCGCAAAGGCAAGGGCUCUUAUCGGCAGACUGACAAGCUUCAGGUCGGGUAAUAAUAGACCAAGGAUUGUGCGCACCGUUAGGAUGGCGUUUGCUGGGACAAAUAUCAGUUUGUCCCAGCCGGAUAUCACGCAGAAACUAACGGAGCACAUAGACGACCUGAAACAAAAGAUCGCUGCUUGGGGGAAGCGGAUUCGACGAUUUACCGAGAGGUCAAGGCGGUUCAACCAGAAUCAUCUCUUCCAGAGUGAUCAGAAGAGGCUCUAUAAAUCAUUGGAGCGACCAAAGGUAUGUGGAGUGGGCCAAGGACCGGAUCAGGCUGACAUUAUCGCAUUCUGGGGUGGCCUGUGGUCAGAGCCCGUAAACCACAUCGAGGGCCCUUGGAUGGAAGUUGUGGCGAGCCAGGGCGCGAGUGUUACGCCUAUGGACCCCAUCACCAUAACGCCGGAAGACGUGGCUGAGGCGGUCCGUAGGGCCCCGAACUGGAAAAUCCGGGACUCGACGCGCUGCAUCAUUUCUGGCUGA